AUGUGCGAAGCAGAUUAUAUUAAGGCCGAUUCCUCCAUAAUGCCGAAAGUUGAUGUUAUCAUGGUAAUGGACUAUUUUAACACAAAUCGAGAUUUCAUCAGUGCAGAAAUGAGAGGUGUUAAAAUGCAGCAAAUCGACGAAUUGGAAAAAAAAGUUAUAGAGGUAAAGUGUCAUGAUUGUCCGGCGUCGGAAGGAGGUUGUAAACAUGCUGUGGCAUUUUUAAUGUGGGUACACCGCAGAAGCGAAGAGCCAUCUCCAACUGACAAGGUUUGUUAUUGGAAAAGAUCAGCUUUAGCUGGAGCUUCGAAUACAAAAAAAUGUAUUACCACGGAAGAUUUUGGUGUCAUACCAUCUAUAUCUCCCAAUGAUACUCUCCUAAAUGAUUAUAUUCUUGAAGCAAAAAAAAGAAAUAUUGAAAAUAGCACUAUGCGGUACCAUCUUCCUCAAAAUUAUGAUUGUUUUUCCCUCCAUAAAAUGAAAAUGUAUUUAUUGUCGACUAAUAAUAUAAAUGACGGAAAUCUAUUCCUAAAUUUUUGCCAACAACAAAUGGACGAAGAUUUGCUGAAUCAAAUCGAAAUAAAAACUAGAAACCAGUCUAAAUGUAGCCUAUGGUCUGAAAUGCGAUACGCACGCAUAACAGCAUCAAAAGCAUAUGACGCUGCCCACUGUGCCACCUUUGAUAGAACGCUAGUAGAAAAUAUAUUGGGGGCCAAAGUUUUCCAAACGGAAGCUAUGAAAAGGGGUCUUAAUUUAGAGGAAGCUGUCCUCAAAGUACUUGCCAGGGACACUUCCCAAACCUUUCGGAGAUCAGGACUCUUCCUUUCAAAAGAAUGUCCAGUGAUAGGUGCGAAUCCAGAUGCGAUUAAUGAACAAUUUGUCGUAGAAAUAAAAAGCCCGCAAGUUCCUCAGGCCGCUUUUAAAGAAGCAGCAGAUGAAAUUCGAGCGUUAUUCCCAGGAGAAACUUCAAAAAUAUAUUUUGUGCCAUAUCAAAAAAAGCAGGCAGAGUUCCAAAAAAGCUGUGCUCAGGAAAGUUGUGGGCCCGACAUGUCAACACCAAAAAAAAAACUAACGAAUUUAGAGGCUACCAACAAAGAUGUACUUGUACAAAACGAAAGAGAUAAAUCUAUCGAACCGAAUGAUGUUAUUGAAUUUCUAAAGCAUAAUAUUGAACCAUAUGAUGAAAUAAAAAUAAAAUGGACUGAAAGUUUUAAACAAAGAAGGGAUCUAUUGGGAGAUCAGCCAUCAUCUUCUGAUGAUUAUUUCAACACUUUCCCGAUUUUAAAAAUACCAAUCUAUGGAUGUUCCCUAAUACUUGAUGACUUCAAUGCCUUAUAUCCUAAUAAGUCUGAACUGUUUUAUGAGACUUGGCAAGAGUUGAAAGUAGCCCUUAAACGUUUAUGCGAAAAGAGGAACAUAGACAUUAGCACCAUUGCCAAUGAGGGUAAGUUUAAAUUGUCGGAUCUACUUCAUUAUGUCCAACCACCAUUAAAGUUCAGAAGAAAAAGGCUUGGAGACCAUCCAAGUUUGAAGUCCAGUCGUCUUUCGUUUUUCAUGUCGAUUUUCAAAAAGCACAUCAAAAGUCAUAAUGGGGAAGAAUAUGAGAAAAAAUAUAACAAUGCCAUUGCAAUUCCGUCAUCAAGCACUGAGCCAAGCACUGAAUGUAAAAUAGAUGUGUAUCCAAGCAUUUGUCCCGAGCAAAAUGAGACAUUAACAACGGCUUCUUGCUCUAACAUCCCUGAGAAAGAUGAAGGUGAUUCUUUAAAUAUAAACGAUUUUAAAAACUUGGUGUCUGAAAAAGCCAAUCAGAUAAUUUGCCAGGCAUACGCAAACAGUUCAUUGCCAAGGUCGCUGGUACAAGAAGUGAUAGAUAACUUCAAUGAUUUAUUUACAGCUCUAUUAAUUUACCUUAAAGAGAAAUUGUCUAUAACGCGUUUUGAGAAUGAAAAUGAUAAAGAAGGUAUCAUUGAAAUGUUAAAUGUUGUAGAAAACAUGUUCAGUGAAUAUAGUUCCGAACAUAGGCGCUUUAGCCUUUUGGAAAAAUCUGGCAAAUUUAUUAAACCAGUAGAAUUUAUUACAGGUCAACAGUUACACCUAAAUUCCUCAGGUAUUUUAGAAAACAAAUCUUUAAAAGCUCAAUUCAUUCCAUUGAGAGAAGUCUUUAAACAGUUUUUUGAGCUGGAUAAUGUUUUCAAUGAGUGUGUAUCAUACAUUAAAACCUUAAAUCAAAAUGUUGAUAUAAUUGAGAAUUUUAUGGAAGGGAAACUAUGGAAACUUAAACUUAAUGGAAUGUCAAGUAAUGAAAAUAUUGUCUUUAUACCUAUUUUUUUGUAUUACGAUGAUUUUGAAAUAGGCAAUCCUUUGGGAAGCCAUGCUGGAUUGCACAAGUUAGGCGUAGUCUAUGCAUAA